UUAUUUUAUUUAUUUAUUACUCUCUUAAUAAUCCUAGAAAAAACCUGUCCAACUAUCACUUUCAAUAACAGAGAAUUUGAGAUCUCAAAUUAUUAAUUUUCAGUAUAAAGAGAAGUUGAAGAGAAGGAACCUUCCAUUUUUCUGCUUCUUUUUUUGAUUAUAAUCUUAUAUCCAACACAUGAAGGAGCAAUAAACAAGCAUCCCUUUCUGUUUUUACUCAACCUACCAUUGAUUACUCUUUUUCCUUCUUCUUUAAACCUUCUUUCCAACAACACUUCAGAAGUUGUAAUUUCCUUUUCAACUAACAUUUAAGCCUUUUUUUCAUAUUGGUUUUUACUUAAUUCUGAUAUGAAACCCUUUAUGUCUUAAAAAGAUUGUAUUUUUAGCUCAGUUACCAAUUACCCACUUCCUGAUUUCAUGGAAUUUUCCCAUUUUUAUUGAUUAUUUAUUGAUGAGAGUGAAUUUGGUAUCUGGGUUUUUGUUUAUAUUCACAAUGAUUGUUGUUUUCUUUCUGUAAGUGCAGAUCCAAAGCUUGAAUUUGGUUCAUUUCUGAGUGAAUUUUGAUAACAGGAAUCAUUUUGUAUUCAACUAACAUGGCAUCUCAACUCCAUGCUGGAAUGUCCAAGAAAGUUGCCGGCGUUAGGCUUUGGGAAUUACUAGGGAUAAUAUUUGGAACUUUGAUGGUGAUAAUUCUUUCAAUAUUGCUUUAUCUGUGCUUUACCUCUAGGAAGAAAUCCCGACGAGCUAACAACACUUUACCUCUUAGCCAAAUUCCUCAAAUUUCCAGAGAAAUCCGCGAGAUUAAGGUGGAUCAAUUUUCACAAAAUGGGUAUGAUUGUUACCCCGAUGGAGUUAUGGAGAAACCGAGUGAUAAGGAUUCAGAUAGGCUUUUGGUUCAUCCUAGUGUCGAGAAAAUAAAAAAUGGAGAGAAUAGAAGUCACUCAGGUUCUUUUACUCGUAUCGAAAAAGAUGGCAUUGGUUCUACAAUGGGCGAUAAGUCUUCCCCACACCCGAUAAGUUCUCCAUCUCCGAUAUCUGGGCUUUCGGAACUCUCUCACCUUGAUUGGGGGCACUGGUUUACUCUAAGAGACCUUGAAGUUGCAACUGAUCGCUUUUCGAAACAGAAUAUUAUUGGGGAAGGAGGAUAUGGUAUUGUUUAUCGGGGCGAACUAUUCAAUGGUACGCCUGUUGCAAUAAAGAGGCUUCUUAACAACCUUGGACAGGCAGAGAAGGAAUUCAGGGUGGAAGUCGAGGCGAUUGGCCAUGUGCGACAUAAAAAUUUAGUUCGUCUUCUUGGAUACUGUAUCGAAGGAACUCACAGGCUACUGGUGUAUGAGUACGUAAAUAAUGGAAACUUAGAGCAAUGGCUUCAUGGUGCUAUGCGCCAAAAUGGGAAUCUCACUUGGGAGGCCCGUUUGAAGGUUCUUAUUGGCACCGCUAAGGCCCUUGCUUACUUGCACGAAGCCAUUGAGCCUAAGGUUGUGCAUCGGGAUAUCAAGUCGAGUAAUAUACUUAUAGAUGACGAGUUCAAUGCAAAGGUAUCUGAUUUUGGUUUAGCAAAGUUGUUGGGUGCGGGAAAGACUCACAUUGCUACAAGAGUGAUGGGCACAUUUGGGUAUGUGGCUCCAGAAUAUGCUAAUAGUGGUCUUCUAAAUGAGAAAAGUGAUGUGUAUAGUUUUGGUGUUGUUCUCUUGGAAGCUAUUACCGGGAGAGACCCAGUGGAUUAUGCUCGUUUACAGAACGAGGUAAAUCUGGUGGACUGGCUAAAAACUAUGGUGGGUAACAGGCGAGCGGAAGAGGUGGUAGAUCCGAACAUGGACACUAGACCCUCAACAAGGGCUCUUAAGAGAGCACUUUUGACUGCAUUGAGGUGUGUGGACCUCGAUUCUGAAAAACGGCCUAAGAUGAGUCAAGUUGUUCGAAUGCUUGAAUCAGAGGAAUAUCCUGUUCCUCGUGAGGAUCGAAGGCAUCGUAGGAGCCAUGCAGUAGAGUCUGAAUCUCCGAGCAAUAGUUUGAAGCCUAGUGUGUGAACACUUCAAAACAAAUUAAUUCUUCGAACAUUCAAUAUCAUCGUGUUUCCGUGCUGGGAAAUGAGUGGUAAAUUGGAUCAAGGUAUACACCGUAUAUAUAUAUAUAGAGAGAGAGUGAUUUUGGCGUUACGCCACCCUUUUUUUCCGGUUUCAUUUUACUGCAUUGGCUGAUUUUAUAGAACGGAAUAUGUUUCGUACCAAGUGGUGUGGGUAAAACACCGGACGGCUUUUGUACAGAGGUUUCUGUAGUUAGGGGACUUGUUGAUAUCUUACAGAAUAUUUUCCUAAAAAAAGAGACAGGGAAUGUUUGGAAAUUGUAUUUAGCAUAGGUAUCUUUGAAGAACAUGUUAUUGCAGUGUGUCCUAAAUUUAUUUGAUUUGGUGGAACAUAAAGAUCUAGAUUCGAUGCGCCGUUAAGGAAUUAUGCUUAAUUGUAUGCCAUUGCUUGUUUAUAAGCGUGUUACCAACAACCAACAAUUAAUAACUAACAGUACGUUACGUUGUUGAUUUGAUGGCUCGAAGGUCGAUCCUUUAUUCAUUAUAACAACUCGUCUUGUAUGAGACCGUCUCAUAAUGAGACGGGUCCAUAUAAUUAGCUGAUUGAAAUUGAAAUUGCUUAUUUUAAGAUUGCAAGUGAUUGUUUUAAGGUUAUAAGUAAUCAUUCUAAGACUAUGAAAAGUGCUUAUUUGAAAAGUGUAAGUGAUCACUUUAGGACAAAAAGUGUAUAUUGGGCUAGUUCAACAGACAUAGUCUCAUUUAAGAAUUAGUGUUAUAAGAAAGGGUUUUAAAGUUGUUUUCAUUGUAGGGAG